AUGGCAGUUGAUGAAGUAGCAGACCAGUUGCUGGAACAAGUGAAACAAGCAUACACUGCUAGUGGCAAAUUAUCUGAUGAGUCCUUGAGUUUAUUAAACUUCAUCUAUCAAGGACCUCUGUUAACUGCACUAGAACUUGUUGAAAAGAGAUCAGUCACCCGUGUCAUCUCUCCCAGUGGAAGAGAACUGUUUCAGGUGAUUGGAGCUUCAGGAACACCAUAUACAUGUUUUCCGAACCUGAAAUACUGCUCCUGUCCUGCUUUUCAUUUCUCAGAUCACAGCAGUAAUGUCUGCACUAACUACAAUCAGCAGAUAACAGCAGUAAUGUCUACACAUCUUUUAUUUGUUUCAGUUCUCUGCAGGGGAGACCAUCUUAUGUGUAAACAUGUUCUGGCCAUGAAGUUGUCAGAGAUUCUGGGACUCACCAAGAUCUUGCAUGUAUCCAAUGAUGAAAUAACAAACAUGAUUAUGUCUGUAGAGUGA